ACUCUUAAUGCAAAUACCCAUCGAACGGACCAAUCCGCUAUAACAUUUGCCUAUUUACGAUGACGGCAUGUUGCUGUUGUUUCAUCAUUUGAUUAUGGUGGACUUUGGGCAAACGCUUCCUCCUCCCUUCUCAUAGCCGCAUGUAGACAGAAAAUGGCGUCGUCGAAGGGACAACGAUGGAUGGUUGAUUCAGGGAUUCUGCGUAAAAAAAAUGGUGAAGAGGAACCACAGGAGCUGUUGGUGUUCGGAUAUAGCUGCAAAUUAUUUCGAGACGAUGACAAGGCGAAAAUGAUUGAUCAGGGGAAGCAUUUGAUACCAUGGAUGGGCGAUAACACAUUGAAGAUAGACAGAUACGAUGGACGUGGAGCACUGGGGGAUUUAAGGAUUCAUGAGCCACCAGCAGGUGGUUUUGAUCAACGGAUAAUACUCACAGAGGAUGAACUUAAAGUUGAACAGCUCUGUGACGAAGAAAGAUACCGAUCCUUGUAUAAUAAUGACGCCGAAGAUUCUAUGUAUCAUGAAGAAGAGAUGAAAAGAUUGCAUCAAGCAUUGGACUCAGAAAAUUCUUAUACCCAAGUAGCAUAUAAUUAUAACGAAGAUGAAAACAAUUCCAAGUUAGCGUGCGAAGACUCACAGAGUCCAAAACAAUCAGAAGGAUCGCAAGAAGAGGAUCAAGCUUUUGUACCGCCACCAGAUCUUGAAAUACCAGAAGGCAUGACAGUGCCUGAAACGCAGAAGUUAAAUGCAAUUAUUACAAAAACAGCACUAUUUAUUAGUCGUCAAGGGGGCCAAAUGGAGAUUCUUCUAAAGGCGAAACAAGCAAACAAUCCACAAUUUUCGUUCUUAUCGAUAGAUGAACCGCUACAUCCGUAUUACAAGUUUGUGCUGGAAGCUAUCAAGACUGGAAAAUAUAAUCCUGAAAAACAACCUGAAAAAGAAGAAUCUGAACCUGAGGAAGAAUCAGAUGAAGAUGAUCAACCAUACCUUCACCCAAGCCUAGCGCCAUCAUUUGCCAAAGUAGAAGCGGCUCCUAGCAUACCAAGCAUACAGUAUAAGCCCUCUGCGGACUGUGCUUAUUCAAUGCUUGUAAACAAAAUCACAGGAAAGCCACCGCCACCUAAAAUACCACAGUUAUUAGAUGUUGGUGUUCAACAAAUGCCGACUUCUGGAUAUUAUCAGCCCAUUGUGCCGCAGAGUUAUACUCCGUAUACUGCAACGCCUUUACAAUAUUCGCAUGGUCCAGUUAUAUACGGUCCAAAUGGUCAAAUUCAAUCUCCACCACAGUUACCAGUACCUGCCGUACCAGUUGUUUCUACUGAAGAAUCUACAACACCAAUACCUCAAGCAAAAGAAACACCUUCUUUAGUACCUUACGGACCAACACCACCAAAAACAUUGAGCAGACCAUCAUUCAUCGUACCACCGGCAGAUGUUCAAAUAAUUAUCGACAAAAUGGCGAGUUAUGUAGCCAAAAAUGGCCGAGACUUUGAAGCUAUAGUAAAAAAUAAAGGUGAUCCAAGAUUUAAUUUUCUCGAAUUGUCGCAUCAGUAUCAUGGUUAUUAUGCUCACAAAUUGACCAUGUACGAAGGGGCAAUAAAUCCUAAGGUAUUGACCGAAGAAGAAUUAUUACAGAAGCAAGAGCCGCAAGAGGAGAAGCAAAAGAAAUUGGAGGAAUUACAGAAGAAACAGCAAAGAAUGGAGGAAGUACAAAAGCGUGUGAAAAUGAUACAGGCUAAGAAGAAGAGCGACACAAAGACGAAACAAAGUACGGGUAGUAAACAGAUAACGACAGUAUCGUUUUCGAUAAAGAAACCAAAGGAAGGUGAAAAUGUGAUUAUUGAAAAGAGAAACGCCUUGCCAUUGGAAGAAAGUGAUGACGAAAUUGAAGUUGAAAAGAAAGAAACUAAUUCUAAACCUAAUUCACCUCAAAAUUUUAACGAACAAACUAAUCCAAUAAUAAUGAAUACCGAUAAAGAAACGCCAAAGGUAAUAGAAAUAAAGAAAUCUAAAAGCGAAGAAAAGGAAUUGGUCGAUCUUACCGAUGACAUACUCGAAGAUUGUCAAUUAGAGAUAAGGCACAAGCAACAAGUAGAAGAUAGAAUAAAGGAUAAAUUGGUUGCCGCGGCUCGUGACAAAUUGGCUGCCACGUCGAGGGAAAAACAAUUGCAAUUGGAACGAAAGAAAAAGGCGGCCAUGUUUUUAAGUCAAAUUCAAACUUCAACUAGUUCCAAAAUUCCUACCUCGACGACACCCAAUAUAAGAAAGGAUGAUUCCGACGAGGUUUAUUCCGUUCCAUCGCCCUCAUUGGAGGAUGAAAAAUCGGAAGACGUAAAAAUUUGUGGUAAUUCAUUGAUGGAUCGAUUGAAGAGCGCGGAUUUAAGUGGGAAAAGAUCACGUCAACGAUCUAGAAGUCGUAGUGGAAGUCGUAGCCGCAUUGAAAGACAUAAAGUUCAUAAAAAGCACAAGAAAAAGAAAAGUUCUCACAGAAGUUACGACAGUCCAAGUAGCUCUCGUAACCACAGAUCUAAGAAAAGCAAAAAAUCAUCCUCGAGACAUAGAUCUCGAUCACGAACUCCUUCGUCGCACAGACAUCAACAAAAUGUACGAAGAAAAGGAAGCAAUUCGAGUUAUUCCGAUUCGAGCUCGUCUUGAGAUACUUAAGAAGCGUAAAUUUUCUUUUUCUUUUUCUCUCUUUUUUUUUCCGAACGCGUUUUCUCUCCCUUUUUUGCCCCCCUCUUUUUUUUUUUUUUUUUUUUUUUUUAAGAGAUAAGAAUUAAGAAUAUAUAAUCGUGUAAAAAGUUUCUUUGUAAAUAUAUGUAUAUGAUUACAUAUUUGGAUGACAUCACGGCGAUAAAUGACGUUUCAUACUGUUUUUUGUCAAACGAAACAUACAAAAAGAAAUACAAUUUACUUAGUCCAAUGCA